AUGGCUGGGGCUGCGAUUACCCUCCUUGUCGUGGUUUGGCUUGCAAGGGCGGCUGGCAAAGGCAUCCGAGACAGGGCGGAGCUGGACGAGGCGAUUCAACUCUGGCAGGGCUCGCAGCAAAACGCAACCGCGAGGACGGCGAUCGUUCAGACCUGGGGGCAGAUAUCAGACUGGGAUGUGACGGCGGUGACGAACAUGAGCGGACUCUUCCGAGACCUUCGCUCUUUCAGCGAAGACCUGACCUCUUGGAACACCUCUUUGGUGCGUGACAUGAGCUUUAUGUUCGCCGGGGCGACCAGUUUCAGCCAGCCCCUUGGGCAGUGGGACACCCGGCGCGUGAUCAACAUGAGCCACAUGUUCGCGAAUGCCCGUGCUUUCAACUCUUCCCUGAACAACUGGAACACCUCCUCGGUUCGCGAUAUGAGCUGCCAAUUCUGUGGCGCCAGCUCUUUCAAUCGACCGUUGCAGAAAUGGAUCACAUCCUCAGUCAAGCGGAUGAAUGACAUGUUCGCCUUUGCAAGGCAGUUCAAUCAGAACAUUGACUCCUGGGAUACAUCGUCUGUCUUCGACAUGAGCGGAAUGUUCUCCUAUGCCAGUUCCUUCAACCAGUCCAUAAAUUCUUGGGACACCUCAGCGGUCAAGGAAAUGAGCAACAUGUUUUCACACGCAGCUGCCUUCGACCAACCACUUCACCGAUGGAACACCACGUCUGUGCGGGACAUGAGCUAUAUGUUCAAGAUGGCGAAGGCUUUUCAACGUCGCAUAGGCACAUGGGAUACCUCUGCGGUGGAGGACAUGCAUGGCAUGUUCCAAUAUGCGGCCUCUUUCAACCAACCUCUCAGCAAGUGGGACACCGCGUCAGUCAAG